AUGAGCACAACACCAAAGAAAAUCCAAACUCCAAAGAAGACUGACGCAGACUUGAAGUCGCCAGCCAAAACACCAUCAAAAGCUUUAGCUCCAGCAACAACACCAAAGAAGACACCACACAAAAUGGAAGAUGAAGAUUCUGUUGUUUUAGAUUCUGUUCCAAUCACACCAAAGAAGACUCCACUCAAGGCUUCAUCUGCUGUUGUUGCAUCAUCACCAGUAGCCAAACCAACACCAAAGUCUGCCACUAAACUCAGAACACCUAUCAGUACACCAAAGAAGGUUCCAUUCGCUGAUUCUAGCGAUUCUGAAUCCGACUCUUCUGAUGAAGAAAAAGCCACAACAGAAAGCACUGCUGAAAAGUUGAAGAAAAAGACUUCUCCUUCUGCUUCUUCUGUUAGUGGUAAGAGAACACCAAUUAGUACUCCAAAGUCUAUUCCAUUCGCAGAUUCUAGUGAUUCCGAUUCUGAUGAUGAAGAUGAUCAUCAUGAUGAACCAAUUGCAGUCAGAACUGAAAGACUCGGCACUCCACCAAGAAAGGAAGUUGUUUCAUCUGUUGUUGUUGAUAUUGCUGCUGAACCAGUUGCUACUAAUACUGCCACUCCAAAGAAAGCUUCCACUCCAGCUAAACCAUCCAAUUUGUCACUCCCAACAAAUAUGGCUGAUAGUAGCGAUGAUGAAGAUGUUCCAGCAAAGGUUAAACGUACUCCAAUUUCUACUCCUAAAAAGGUUCCAUAUGCUGAUUCAAGUGACUCUGAUUCUGACGAAGAUGAUGAAGAUGUCAAAAUGACUGAAGCAUCUGAAACCACAAGUACCAAACCACUCACACCUUUAAAGAAGGCUUCUCCAGCCUCUGUCUCAGGAAAGAGAACACCAAUCAGUGCUCCAAAAUCAGUUCCAUUUGAAGAUUCCAGUGAUUCUGACUCUGAUGAUGAAGAUGAUCAUCACGAUGAACCAAUUGCAGUCAGAACUGAAAAGCUCGUCAACAAGCCAAGAAGGAAAAGAAGGCUCAAGAAGAAGGAUCAACUGAAACUAAACCAAAGACUGACAAGCCAAAGAAGGCUAACAAUAAGAAGGACAAGCCAAAGAAUAACAACAAGAAGAAUGAAAAGAGAAAGGAAAUCAAGGCCAAGAAGAAUAAUAAGAAUGACUCCAAGAAGACUGAAUCCAAACCAGUCAAAGAAGAAGUCAAACAAGAACCAAAGCAAGAAAUUAAACAAGAAGUUAAGCAAGAAGUCAAAGAAGAAAAGAAACCAGCCACUACCACAAUCACCAAACCAUCUGGCUUGAAAAUCAAAAAAGCAUCUGAUGCCCUUAAAAAAUAAAUGUAAAUAAUACGAGCU